AUGUAUGGCAAGAUAAUAGUAGAUCAUUCAGGAACUAAUGGCAGCAACCCUGUCGUUUUGCUUCAACAUGGACUGUUGUCAUGUUCUGCGUGCUGGGUGGAAAAUCUUGCCAGUCAGAGCCUCGGUUUUAUGUUGGCUGACAGAGGCAUCGAUGUCUGGAUGGGAAACAGUAGAGGAAACACAUACUCAAAACGACAUAAAACAUUAAAACCUACAGAUGAAAAAUUCUGGAACUUUACAUGGGACGAAAUGGCAAAAUACGAUCUUCCUGCCACAGUAGACUACAUAGUGAAUACAACCAAUAGCAGUCAGAUAUAUUAUGCAGGUCAUUCUCAAGGCACAAUGAUUAUAUUCGCUGAAUUAGGACGAAAUCCAACACUAGCUUCUAAAAUAAAACAUUUCUUUGCUCUUGCACCUGUGGCUACUCUUGGACCUUUUAAGGCAGUGGCUCCGUUGGCAAAAGACCUUGAUAUAUUAUUUAAUCUGCUCGGGAAAGGAGAAUUGUUACCAACAUCUGACUUCAUUCGUUUAAUUGGACAUGAUUUCUGUGGAAACAACCUCGGAAGUAUUGUUUGUGAAAAUUUUCUUUUCUUUCUUGCUGGCUAUGACUCAAAACAGAUGAAUCGGACAAGGAUACCAGUCUAUGUCGAAGAACAUCCAGCAGGAACAUCGGUUAAAAAUCUUCUUCACUAUGGCCAGAAGAUAGACCCAGAUGCAUAUAAAAACGUGUCACAGUUGAUAAACAGCAAAGGAUAUCCUUUCGAAGAACAUUUAGUCGAGACAGCAGAUGGAUACAUACUUGGUUUACACAGGAUACCUCCAAUACAUAAACAAGGAAGUAACCAGAGUAGACCUGUAGUUUUACUCCAACAUGGAUUGUUGUCAUGUUCAUCAUGCUGGGUAGAAAAUCUAGCCAACCAGAGUCUCGGUUUCAUCUUGGCUGACAGAGGGAUGGAUGUCUGGAUGGGAAACAGUAGAGGAAACACAUACUCAAAACGACAUAAAACAUUAAAACCUACAGAUGAAAAAUUCUGGGAUUUUACAUGGGACGAAAUGGCAAAAUACGACCUUCCUUCCACAGUAGACUACAUAGUGAAAACAACCAAUGUCAGUCAGAUAUAUUAUGCCGGUCAUUCCCAAGGGACGGAGAUUAUAUUUGCUGAAUUAGGACGAAAUCAAACACUGGCUGUUAAAAUAAAACAUUUCUUUGCUCUUGCACCGGUAGCUACAAUGGGAAAUGCUACUGGGCCCUUCAAGGCAGUGGCUCCAUAUGCUCAAGAUAUAGAUGCAAGUUUCUUGUAAACAAUCAUCAUGAAUUGCAAACCCUGGAGAAAAGAUUGACAAUUAAACAUUUUUGUAUACUUAAAUCACAAUUGAC